GCUGCAUCCAGUGGUAUAAAAACCUCAUGAAGGAACUUUUGCCUUUGAAACAGCUAGCUACAUCUCUGCGUGUGGAUUCUAUUUAACUUGAAGACCCAAUGGCUCCAAAAUGGUUUACAUUCUUCUGGCUGCUGCCUGUUGUUGCGGUUCCAUUUUGCCUUUGUCAAGAUGAACACAUGGAGGUGAGGAGAAGAUCUAAUAAGCCAGUGGCCAAAGUAGUUGAAAGUCGUCACCAACGGACGAGCAAUAAUGUCCCCGAGAGGGCAGUAGUAGAAAAACGGAUUCAUCUUAUAGAGGCUCUAACCAUUAAUGCUUCUACAAACUUGUUGAUGAAACCAGAGGUAGAUGAUGUAGAACAAACAUCACACAGAGUCCAGACACCACAACAACCGGAUUGCAAUACAUGCUGCAGAGGAGAUUUUGGAUACCGAACACCUCACUCAGUUCCAGGGCCACCUGGAUUACCUGGGCCACCUGGCAUUCCAGGAAAUCAUGGCAAUAAUGGAAAUAAUGGAGCUACAGGACAAGAUGGAACCAAGGGUGAAAAAGGAGACAGAGGAGAUAUGGGGCCGCGGGGGGAGCGAGGUAACGUGGGAAUAAAAGGAGAAAAGGGAUAUCCUGGAAUUCCCCCAGAACUUCAGGUUGCUUUCAUGGCUUCCAUGGCAACCCAUUUUAGCAACAUAAACAGCGGAAUCAUUUUCAGCAGUGUGGAAACCAAUGUCGGAAAUUUUUUUGAUGUCAUGACAGGAAGAUUUGCAGCCCCAGUGACAGGUGUAUAUUUUUUUACAUUUCAUAUGCUCAAGCAUGAAGAAGUUGACGAUGUAUAUGUGUACCUAAUGCAUAAUGGAAAUAGCAUAGUCAGCAUGUACAGCUAUCAAGCCAAAGGGAAGCAAGAUACUGCAGGUAACAGUGCAGUAUUAAAACUGGCCAAGCAAGAUGAAGUCUGGCUUAGAAUGGGAACUGGAGCUUUACAUGGAGACCAUCAGAGAUAUUGCACCUUUUCUGGAUUUCUCCUUUUUGAGACUAAAUAAAAACAGCUGGUUGCAUUGUUCUGUUCUGUUUUACUUGUAUUUCUAGAAAUGAUUCCAUGGAGCAAUAUGGUAGUAUUAUACUGUAUAGAAUGUAUGUAUGAAAAGUCUUGAACAAUAAACAUGGCAGAGUUUGAAGGAA